AUGGGUCAUCAUUUUACAGAGGACUGCUUCGAGUUUAUCCAGUCCUUUGGCAACUUGAAGAAGCUUCAGCUCACGGGACCUGUUUUAGACGAUGUCAGCGAUAUGAGUACAACUUUUGCUCAUUUGAACUCCCUAGAGACACUCGUUAUUCUAGGGCAUAAGAUUCGAGACUGGAAUCCUACCAACUAUGACGGGUACUUAUACUACCGUUUCCCACGAGACUUGGAGAUCCUCAAUUUGUCGGAAUGCAUCCAUGCGGGUCCAGCUCGCUAUGACACCUCUUUGGUGUUACCAUCUGAGCGUAUUAGAUUACCAUCUACACUUCAAGAGCUUGAUUUGAGUGGCAAUCUCAACUACAGGUUUGAAGCGUUCUUGCUCCCUGGGUCUCUCAGAAGACUCUCUAUGAUAUGCUCUGGCAUUAGGAGUUUGUCAAAAUAUGACUUCACAUCUGAGGAUGGUCUUCCAAAUACAGAGGUACCUGUGGCGUGGGCAGAUCUCAAAAACCUUGUUUCACUUGACGUCUCAGCUAAUGUUAUCAGCACACUCGAUGGGUGGACUCCUCCACCGAAUCUUGUUCUGCUUGACCUAGCAUCGAACAGAUUGAAAGAGGUUACCUCAAAUUCCUCCCUCUUCAAUAAGAAGAUCAAUCUACGGUUCCAGCACCUUCAACGUCUCAACCUAUCUAACAAUGAGAUUGAGUCAAUCGAUGAGCUGGCUUAUUUCCCACCUAAUGUGGUAUUCGUGAACCUUGAGAAGAACAACCUUACUCAGUUUAUUUUCACUGAUGGGAUGUUGAACAGCAAAAUGCUUUGUUCUCUCAACUUGGCGGGAAACGGAAUAGAGCACAUUGGAGCUAAAACAGCAAAGAAAGCCAAUUUAAGGGAAUUCGACUUAUCACUCGCAGGCCGAGAUAGACCAGCUCGACUGAUUCAUCCGGAUAGUCUCUAUGAAGUGUUGGACCAUUUGGGUUUGACAACCACACGUAGAAAACGAAACACCCGAUCCAUGCAUCAGUUUUUAUAG